AAAGCCUCCCGCCGCCGCAGCCAUGCCCUGCAAGGCGCUCGCCCUCUGCCUCCUGGGGCUCCUGGCUCUCUCCUCCGCCUGCUACAUCCAGAACUGCCCCCUCGGGGGCAAACGCGCCGUCCUGGACAUGGACAUCAGGAAGUGCAUGCCCUGCGGUCCCAGGAACAAGGGCCACUGCUUCGGUCCCAACAUCUGCUGCGGAGAAGAGCUGGGUUGUUACAUCGGCACCUCCGAAACCCUGCGGUGCCGGGAAGAAAACUUCUUGCCGACACCCUGCGAGUCAGGACGCAAACCCUGCGGCGGCAGCGGAGGGAGCUGCGCGGCCCCCGGCAUCUGCUGCAGCAGCGCAUACGUGCACGCGGGAGGUGGAAUCGCGGCGAGUCAGAGCGACAGGCCCACGAACGCCAGCAGCUUCGCAGGCAGCUUCUCCGCCCCCUCGCAGGGCUGA